CAUCAAAUCAGAGAUGCCAUUCCUUCAGAUCUCCUCAUUCAUAAUGAAGAACACGAGUCUACUUUCUCUUUCAUUUUACACAUCGUACUUUCACUUUCACUGACUAAGAUUUCAGAAAAUCACGAUUUUUAAAAGGAACUGCCAAGUUGUGUUAAGAUGGAUGGGUACAAGGUUUAUUUAAACUGACAAAGUUGUUACAGAUUUCGAUUGAGAAACAUGGUGCUAGUUUUCUUCUGUGGAGAUAACCAAGACGAGAAGACACUUUUAUUGAAAGAUUUCAAAAAAGCAACAAAGAGGAAACCAGAACUUAUACCGGAAGUACACAGCAGACAGGAAAGAAGGAAUGGAGGACAAGACAAAACCGUUCAGUACUGGGAAAACAUCAUAGAACAACACCAUGAACAGCUUCAACAGUGCCAUGGUAACGAUACCAAAGUUUAUGUAGUUAUUUAUGGGAUCAUUGAUAUCUUAGCUGACGCGAUAGUCUCCCUUGAUGGAGAUAGUUUUCAGAAUCUCCUCGAUAGAGGCAGUAAAGUUGACCAGUUAGUUCAACAAUGUCAGUCUUCCAUAGUGUUCCUGUUACCAUACCAACAAGAAAUCCGUAGUAAUGGCCGAGCAAGUACCAACCAAGACCGAUUCCACAGACAUAACCGUUCGACAGCAACAGGAAGUCGACAAGAUGAACAGACUGAGAAAUACCACAAAAUCAUAGCAAUGUAUUCCAUACCUUAUUUAAAACUCGGUUAUUGUGAAACAGGUACACCUGAACAGUUCAAAGAUGACACCUCGUUGAAUAAUAUCAAUACCAAUGAAUCAAGGAUUGAGCUUAUUAAAUAUGCUGUCAAAAAAUACAUUUUCCCUCUUGAUACUUCACGUUUUCGGAAGAAGGACAAGAAGAAGCCUAAUAAAUAUGGAACUACCGAAGACAGUGAUCACGUGACAACAAACUUCCUGUUUAUCAAACCAAUGAGAAAGAACGACGAAAGAAUUGCUAUACGAACUAUAGACAUAAAAGAAGACACGUAUACAAAUGACUGGGUCAUCAUUCAGAGAGGACGUACAAACAGAUUUAUGACAAAAUAUCCAUACGCGAGGGAAAAAAUAGUUCAGCUAUAUUUUAAUGUUAGCGUUCGGACUGAAAUUGUCAAGAAAAUGCUUAUGGGCAUGAUUACUGUUAACGGUAUGAAUUAUGCAUUUCUUGGUUGCAGCAGCGAAGGACUAAAGCAUAGGAAAUGUUUUAUGUGGCAGGGAACACAACAGGAAGUGACGUCGAUUAUUCAACAUAAUGGCGACUUUGAUCAAAAUGUCGUUUCAAAAAGAAUGGCGAGAUUCGGGCUUCUUUUUUCGGAAGUGAUGAUGACAAGCAUGGAGAUUCAAAGCGAUCAAAUCAUAUUCGAAGAUGAUAUUGAGAGUGAUUGUAAACGAUAUAACUUUACUGAUGGAUGUGGAUCGAUAGGUUUGGAAAUAGCACAGAGUGUGACCGCCGAAAUAAACCGAAUAGAUAACACGGACAUAAAAACACCACCGUCUGUAUUCAAAAUACGCUUGCAAGGUUAUAAAGGUGUUUUGACAUUGUGCAAAGAAAUAAAGGGACACACUAUAAAAAUUAGGCCAUCAAUGAUAAAAUUCGAAACUUCAGCACAUCCUCGGCUUGGUAUUUGUGAAUAUUCAAAGCCAUUUACAUUUGGACAUUUAAAUCAGCAAUACAUUGCCCUUUUGUCUGGGCUUGGUGUUCCAGAUGAGAUUUUUACAGACUUUCAGACUGCACAGUUUGAACGUUUGCGGGAGAUGACUGUUAAUUUAGAAGCCACCAUUUGCAUUCUUCAGUGGCAGAAGAAAUCAGACUUAGCCAGAGUUGUUAUUGACCUUGGGAAGAUGAAUUUGUUGCCGCCUGAAGAUAUGAAAGAACUCAGGAAACUGCAAGCACAGCUUGCCAUCAGUAAAAAGUCAAAGCACAUUAGAAUAGUUGUACCGAAAUCAAGAUAUAUUUUUGGUGUGUGCGACCCAUAUGGCAUUCUAGAAUAUGGAGAAUGUUAUGUUCGAGUAACUGCAACCACCAGCGGUCAUGUAAAGAACGUAAGCGGCCCAGUUGUUGUUUGUAAGUCACCUUGUUAUCUCCUUGGUGACAUCCGUGUAUUAAGAGCAGUUUCAGACAUGGAUAAACCAGAGUUAUCAAAAUUAAGUCAUUUAGUUGAUUGUAUUGUUUUUCCAAUACGAGGCGCACGACCCCACCCAAAUGAGACAGCAGGAUCAGAUUUAGAUGGUGACAUGUUUUUUGUUUGUUGGGACGAAAAUUUGAUUCCUGCCGUAACACGCCAACCGUACGAUUACCCGGCAGCUCAGUCGAAACCAGAAGGUCGUGUUACAGUGGAAAAAAUGAUUUCAUACUUCUCUAAGCAGAAUGAAGCACAAUUCAUGACUAAUACAGUCGCAAAAUAUAUCCGAGCAUGGUCAGAUAGAGAAGGUAUGAUGUCAGAAAAAUGUGCUCAACUCGGGAUGAUGUUUUCAAGAGUAAUUGAUGCGGCAAAAACUGGAGCGCCGAUUGGGAUCCCAAAAGCAUUGCAACCACCAGAUGACAACCCAUCUAAACGGAAGUUUAUAUGGCAAACAAUGGAGGAAAAUGCUGAAAAGUUCAGGGAAGCCUUCAGACAUGGUUUUGUGUCUGAAUUCAUGUCACACCUUGAUUCCACCAAAAACCUAGAUGAGAGUUCUAAUUUAAGACAUAAUUUGCCAGAUCUACCUGAUGAUUUAGUACAGGAAAUAUUAGACGAACAUCAGUCUAAGAUUAAAGAAUUCGACAAAUUUCGUUUUGCAUGGAUUCAAGCAGAAAAUGUGAAUAUUUCUGACGAGGACAUUUGUGAUUUAUUCGUCAGUAAGUAUGGACAAUACAUUGACUUUUCACAGUUCUCUUUGGAGGAGAAGAGAUAUGCAUCAAAUCUAGGGGUACCAAAGGAUAUCAUUCAAAAUUCUAUGAGAAGGUCCGAGUUGCUGAAAAAAGAUGAUUUAGAAUGGUUUAACAUGCACUCCUCAAGAACUCCAUGGAAAUUUUAUUACGAAAAAGAAAAUUCUGAAAUGAACUGGAAACAUUUAGUGAAAGCCAUUACCAAUUAUGACAAUUCAUGUGUUAUGUUAGGAUUGCCCGAUAAAAUCGUUGUUGUAUUACAAUUUCUGUACAAGCCACAGCAAGGAAUGGAACAAUAUAUAUCCCCUGGUUCCAUUUCUGCAGUGUUUUUUUCAAAGAAUUUUGGAUAUAAGUACAGGUACACAGUUGGUGAAGAUUACUACAUGGAUUUGACUGACGAUACAUUACAGAUAUAUCGCAACAGAGAACGUAACCAAACCUUUGUUUUCCUGAAGGCGUCAGAUCUUAGAAAAAUCAGAGGAAAAUUGUGUUGUGAGGAGAACAGAAAUGCCUUGAGUGUAGACUUAUCUCGAUUUUACAGGAAUAUUUACAGUAAUGAACGGCCACAUCCGUUACUCAACAAAACUCUUCUGACUACAGUUGAGGUUUUUGUUCGAAAUGAUGAUCCAGAAAAUCCAGCGUAUUAUGACGUCAUAGAUGCAUCCGGGGACUUUCCUUAUGAAGAACAAAUCGAUUUAGAAGAUCUCGACGAUAAGGAACAAUAUUUUGACAUUGAUGCAUUGUUAUAUCAAUCAAAUACAAGUAUUCAAGUUCACGUAAUCACGGAAGAGAUUCUGGUUCAUCUUAAGCUGGCAGCAGAUCGGUGCAACAUGUAUGACUUCGAACAUCUUCUUUCCAAAAUGAAUUUCGAUGAUCAAGAAACUAAUAAUACUGUUGUUGAUCUGUUUGUUUUAUUGUUGGUUAAUUUCAUUCACAAGACAACUGGACGGCAUGUACCUGUGAAAAUUAAUGAAAGUCUUCAGUUUUCUGCUUCUAUUAAUCAUAUUGCAAAAGACACAAUGAAAAGACUUAACAUUGCUGAAUUGCUGUGCAGACUGAAUCUUCAAAGUGUUGCAGGACAAUUUUUAUAUAUUGACGAAAAUGAAGUGACAGUUCAGAGAUUCCUUGAAAUAUUAAACCAUUGGCAACUCUUUUGGUACAUUGGUAUGGAUAUUGCUUUGCAGUUUAUAAACGGAUUAACUAAAAUGGCUUUAAAGCACAAUUUGACAUCGAAACUUUCAAACGAUCAAAGUCUGAAACUGAAGUAUAUCGUACACUUCAGCAGACUCCACUGUCUAGAACUUAUCCUCUCUAUGAACAAAUUACGAAAACAGUUAGAGCAGAAUCCUUUGAAUAGUUUGAACCCUGGCGGUGUGAGUAACCUUAAACUUGACAAACAUCAGGACUACAACCUGGAAGGAGAUACCGAUCACGCUGAAGUUGUAACUUUAUACAGAUCAAAUGCCCUCAGUUACAUUCCAAAGAUAUAUGAAGGUCAGUUUGUAACGUUAGUCAGACAUCGUGAUACAGAUAAAAAUCUUCACUGCACAUCGUACGCAUUGAUUGGACAAGUGAUAAAAGUUACACUGGCGCCAUUUUUCGUUGAGGUAAAAGUUUUUGGUAGACUCCCAGAUACAGUUCAACAAUCUCAGGGCGCCGAACGACUUCAACAAUCCCAGGGCGCCGAACGACUUCAACAAUCUCAUGGCGCCGAACGACUUCAAUUGUGGAAGAUUGAUGUAAUUUCAAACAUAAUUACAUACCAGCGUAUUAUUAAAGCUUUACAAAUUAUGGGAAAAGACAUUGACAAGAAUGUAAAAGUACCUCUCUUCUCGCUUUUAACGUUUCCCGGAUUUCAUCCUGAAACGUCACCACUUCACAAUGAACAAUUAUGUAAGGAUGCAAUAUCACCUGCAUUGAAAUAUGCAAAUGCGUCAUUUUAUCAAAGGGAUGUAGGAAGUUUCGAAUUUUCCACAGAGUGCAUCGACAAACAAAAACUUGCCAUAGAAACAGCACUAAAGGAAACUGUGUGCUGUAUCACGGGACCGCCAGGCACGGGCAAAACUUCAGUUGCCUGUGGUAUCAUUGAAAAGCUGGUGAGGCUGGAAAGGUACAAACAUCUACUCAUUAUAGCAGAAACAAACAUAGCUAUAGAUAAUAUAGCACGAAAAUUACGAAAUGAAGAAUUCAUCGUGAGGGUAGGAACACAAGACGGAAUAGCACGAGAUUUGUACGAGAUUUCAUUAGAAGGACAAGCAAAUAGAAUAGCUACAUUGAAAGCAAGAAGUAUGACAAUCAAAGAUAAAUCUGGAAAGGAACAACGCAAUACGGAAUUAUAUUUGGAAGUUUUAGAAAAAGCAACCGUUGUACUUGCAACAUGUGCUUCUGUUGGUGAUAAUCUUCUAGCGAAGCUCAGAUUUGAUUUUGUUCUUGUCGACGAAGCUUCCGUUACUAAGGAAACGACUCUUCUUUGUAGUCUUGUUCAUGGAUGUAAACAUUUAGUUAUGAUUGGAGAUUCAAAGCAGCUUUCGCCAUUCGUGACACAAACACAUGAUUAUAUAACUGAAGAAUCUACAGAUCUACCAAACGUUUCAUAUUUGUCAAAUACACUUUUCCACAGAUUGAACAAAUAUAAUGGAGUACCGAGUAUUACCCUACAUACACAGUAUAGAAUGCAUCCGGAACUUCUAAAAUUUCCGUCUCGUGAGUUCUAUGACAACCAGUUAUUGUCACACGAGUCAGUUAAAUGUUUCCCUCAUUUUGUUUUUAAAUGGCCAGAUUGGACGAAACCGAUAUGUUUCAUAGAUUCAACCGGUUACGAAAAAUCAAUUGGGUCUUCAUACAAUAACGAUGACGAAGCAAUAGUUGUUAACAACGUCAUAGAAACAUUACUUCGUGUCAGUGACAGAGAUGUAGAUGAGUCUUUAAAAAAGUAUGGAGGACAAAUAGAGACAUUAUCAGUAAAACAGAUCACCAUAUUGACGUUUUACCAAGGACAGGUCAAAUGUAUCAAGGACAAAUUGAAAGCUCGCGGUGUAUGCGUCAAUACAGUAGAUGGUUACCAGGGAUGUGAAAAUGACGUCAUAGUAGUGUCAACCGUUCGAUCAAACAAACAAGGUAUACUGGGGUUUUCCGACGACAGAUGUAGACUUAAUGUUCUUUUAACCAGGGCGAGGUUUGGUUUGAUAGUUGUAGGGAACAGCGAGACACUGAAAAAGUCAGAGAUUUGGACAAGAUGGUUUCAUGCGUACGAUGCCCCUAUACUUAGUUCACAAGAGUUCAGCACGAUGUCGGUGACACAGCCGACAUUUACAAGGAAGUACGAGAAGCCUUAUACAAAGAGCGUAUCUGGGAAGAAAACGCGACAAAAAAUAAAUUUUCGACAUUAAUCCAAAGUUUGUGAACUGCAAUUUAUAUUUUAUGUCUUUGAAAAAAACUGUACAUGCAUACAUGCAUGAUUUUAGGUUUACGUACAAUUUUGUUAAUCCGUUGAUCGAGAAUAAAAGAAAAAAUGAAAAGUCUUGA